CGGUGUCAGCUGCCGGAUGGGACCUCUCUGCUACCAAAAUGGCAACGGUGCGGUCUCUCCAUCUCCUCCCAACAUCCUCCUCCCUGAGCAAUGACCGGAGCACCUACCUGGGAGCCCGUAUCCCGCACGAGGUGGAGGUCAUGGCAAAAUGUCUGAAGGACUUGGAUAAAGAUGUGUUUAGGAAGAUCCUGAAAGGUGAGUGAAGAGCCCACACUGCAAACACCAGUCCACACACUGCAAAUACUGCAAGAACCAACCCCCACACUGCAUAUACUGCAAGAACCAACCCACACACUGCAUAUACUGCAAGAACCAACCCCCACACUGCAUAUACUGCAAGAACCAACCCCCACACUGCAUAUACUGCAAGAACCAACCCACACACUGCAAAAUGCAAGCACCAACCCCACACUGCAUAUACUGCAAGAACCAGACCCCACUGCAAAUACCGCAUACCAGUCCACUGCAAAUACUGCAGGAACCAACCCCACACUGCAAAUACUGCAAGAACCAACCCCCACACUGCAAAUACCGCAUGAUCCAACCCCCACACCGUAAAAUACCGUAAGAAACCAACCCCCCACACCGUAAAUAAUACGUAUGACCAGUGCACACACUCGCAUGAUCCAACCCCCACACUGCAUAUACUGCACGAGCUAACCCCCACACUGCAAAUACCGCAAGGCCAACCCCCACACCGCAAAUACUGCAAGGACCAACCCCAUACCGCAAGGACUAACCCCCACUGCAAAUACUGCAAGGACCAACCCCCUUACACUGCAAAUACUGCAAGGACCAACCCCCACACUGCAAAUACCGUAUGACCAGUCCCCACACUGCAAAAUACUGCAAAUACUGCAGACCAGUCCAACCCCACACUGCAAAUACUGCAAGGACCAGUCCACCACUGCAAAGCAAGGACCAGUCCCCACACUGCAAAUACUGCAAGGACCCACCCCCACACUGCAAAUACUGCAAGGACCCACCCCCACACUGCAAAUACCGCAAGGACCAGUCCCCACGCUGCAAAUACUGCAAGGACCAACCCCCACACUGCAAAUACUGCAAGGACCAGUCCCCACACUGCAAAUACUGCAAGGACCAGUCCCCAUACUGCAAGGACCAGUCCCCACACUGCAAAUACUGCAAGGACCCACCCCCACACUGCAAAUACUGCAAGGACCAGUCCCCACACUGCAAAUACCGCAAGGACCAGUCCCCACACUGCAAAUACUGCAAGGACCAACCCCCACACUGCAAAUACUGCAAACACCAGUCCACACACUGCAAGAACCAACCCUCACACUGCAUAUACUGCAAGAACCAACCCUCACACUGCAAAUACUGCAAGGACCAGUCCCCACACUGCAAAUACUGCAAGGACCAGUCCCCACACUGCAAAUACUGCAAACACCAGUCCUCACACUGCAUAAACUGCAAGAAACAACCCUCACACUGCAUAUACUGCAAGAACCAACCCACACACUGCAAAUACUGCAAACACCAGUCCACACACUGCAAAUACUGCAAACACCAGUCCACACACUGCAAAUACUGCAAACACCAGUCCACACACUGCAAGAACCAACCUUCACAUUGCAUAUACUGCAAGAACCAACCCCCACACUGCAUAUACUGCAAGAACCAACCCACACACUGCAAGAACCAACCCACACACUGCAAAUACUGCAAGAACCAACCCCCACACUGCAUAUACUGCAAGAACCAACCCCCACACUGCAAGAACCAACCCCCACACUGCAAAUACUGCAGGAACCAACUCCCACACUGCAAAUACUGCAGGAACCAACUCCCACACUGCAAAUACUGCAAGGACCAACCCCCCACACUGCAAAUACUGCAAGAACCAACCCCCCACACUGCAAAUACUGCAAGGACCAGUCCACACACUGCAAGCAGCCAACCCCCACACUGCAAAUACUGCACCCACCCCCACACUGCAAAUACUGCAAGGACCAGUCCCCACCCCCACACUGCAAAUACUGCAAGGACCAACCCCCACACUGCAAAUACUGCAAGGACCAACCCUCACACUGCAUAUACUGCUCACACUGCAAAUACUGCAAGGACCAACCCCACACUGCAUAUACUGCAAACCAGACCCCACACUGCAUAUACUGCAAGGACCAGUCCACACACUGCAUGAUCCAACCCCCACACUGCAUAUACUGCACGAGCCAACCCCCACACUGCAAAUACUGCAAGGACCAACCCCCCACACUGCAAAUACUGCAAGAACCAACCCCCCACACUGCAAAUACUGCAAGGACCAGUCCACACCACCAACCCCCACACUGCAUAUACUGCACGAGCCAACCCCCACACUGCAAAUACUGCAAGGACCAACCCCCACACUGCAAAUACUGCAAGGACCAACCCGCACGCUGCAAAUACUGCAAGGACCAACCCCCACACUGCAAAUACUGCAAGGACCAGUCCCCAUACUGCAAGGACCAGUCCCCACACUGCAAAUACUGCAAGGACCCACCCCCACACUGCAAAUACUGCAAGGACCCACCCCCACACUGCAAAUACUGCAAGGACCAGUCCCCACACUGCAAAUACUGCAAGGACCAACCCCCACACUGCAAAUACUGCAAACACCAGUCCACCCUCACACUGCAUAUACUGCAAGAACCAACCCUCACACUGCAAAUACUGCAAGGACCAGUCCCCACACUGCAAAUACUGCAAGAACCAACCCCCACACUGCAAAUACUGCAAACACCAGUCCUCACACUGCAUAAACUGCAAGAACCAACCCUCACACUGCAUAUACUGCAAGAACCAACCCACACACUGCAUAUACUGCAAGAACCAACCCACACACUGCAAAUACUGCAAGAACCAGUCCACACACUGCAAAUACUGCAAACACCAGUCCACACACUGCAAGAACCAACCCUCACAUUGCAUAUACUGCAAGAACCAACCCUCACACUGCAUAUACUGCAAGAACCAACCCACACUGCAAAUACUGCAAGAACCAACCCCCACACUGCAUAUACUGCAAGAACCAGUCCACACACUGCAUAUACUGCAAACACCAGUCCUCACACUGCAUAUACUGCAAGAACCAGUCCACACACUGCAUAUACUGCAAACACCAGUCCUCACACUGCAAGAACCAACCCCCACACUGCAUAUACUGCAAGAACCAGCCCACACACUGCAUAUACUGCAAACACCAGACCACACACUGCAUAUACUGCAAACACCAGUCCUCACACUGCAAGAACCAACCCUCACACUCAGACACAGCAGCUUUUACCCAGCUGUUAUAUAAUGUAUCCCCUAUAAAGCAGCCCAGUAGCUAGCCUGGCUGCACUCAGUCAGUGAUCCUGCCCUGAGCAGGCAGCACACAGCAUUGCUCUCAUUAUCACUUCCGCAUGUGGUGCUCCACGUGAUCUCUCCAGUCACGUGACGGCGGUGUCAGCUGCCGGAUGGGACCUCUCUGCUACCAAAAUGGCAACGGUACGGUCUCUCCAUCCCCUCCCAACAUCCUCCUCCCUGAGCAAUGACCGGAGCACCUACCUGGGAGCCCAUAUCCCGCACGAGGUGGAGGUCAUGGCGAAAUGUCUGAAGGACUUGGAUAAAGAUGUGUUUAGGAAGAUCCUGAAAGGUGAGUGAAGAGCCCACACUGCAAACACCAGUCCACAUACUGCAAGAACCAACCCCCACACUGCAUAUACUGCAAGAACCAACCCACACACUGCAAGAACCAACCCACACACUGCAUAUACUGCAAGAACCAACCCCCACACUGCAUAUACUGCAAGAACCAACCCCCACACUGCAAAUACUGCAGGAACCAACCCCCACACUGCAAAUACUGCAAGAACCAACCCCCCACACUGCAAAUACUGCAAGGACCAACCCCCACACUGCAAAUACUGCAAGGACCAGUCCACACACUGCAUGAUCCAACCCCCACACUGCAUAUACUGCACGAGCCAACCCUCACAUUGCAAAUACUGCAAGGAAGAACCAACCCCACACUGCAAAUACUGCAAGGACCAACCCCCACACUGCAAAUACUGCAAGGACCAGUCCACACACUGCAUGAUCCAACCCCCACACUGCAUAUACUGCACGAGCCAACCCUCACAUUGCAAAUACUGCAAGGACCAACCCCCACACUGCAAAUACUGCAAGGACCAGUCCCCACUGCAUUCCCCACUGCAAGUCCCCACUGCAAGAACCAGUCCACACACUGCAUAUACUGCAAACACCAGACCCCACACUGCAUAUACUGCAAACACCAGUCCACAUACUGCAAACACCAGUCCACACACUGCAAGAACCAACCCUCACAUUGCAUAUACUGCAAGAACCAACCCUCACACUGCAUAUACUGCAAGAACCAACCCACACUGCAUAUACUGCAAGAACCAACCCCCACACUGCAUAUACUGCAAGAACCAGUCCACACACUGCAAAUACUGCAAGGACCAACCCCCAAACUGCAAAUACUGCAAACACCAGUCCUCACACUGCAUAAACUGCAAGAACCAACCCUCACACUGCAUAUACUGCAAGAACCAACCCUCACACUGCAUAUACUGCAAGAACCAGUCCACACACUGCAUAUACUGCAAACACCAGACCCCACACUGCAUAUACUGCAAACACCAGUCCACACACUGCAAAUACUGCAAACACCAGUCCACACACUGCAAGAACCAACCCUCACAUUGCAUAUACUGCAAGAACCAACCCUCACACUGCAUAUACUGCAUGAACCAACCCACACUGCAUAUACUGCAAGAACCAACCCCCACACUGCAUAUACUGCAAGAACCAGUCCACACACUGCAUAUACUGCAAACACCAGUCUACACACUGCAUAUACUGCAAACACCAGUCCACACACUGCAAAUACUGCAAACACCAGUCCACACACUGCAAGGACCAACCCCCACACUGCAUAUACUGCAAACACCAGACCCCACACUGCAUAUACUGCAGACACCAGACCCCACACUGCAUAUACUGCAAACACCAGACCCCACACUGCUUAUACUGCAAACACCAGUCCACACACUGCAAAUGCUGCAAACACCAGUCCACACACUGCAAGAACCAACCCUCACACUGCAUAUACUGCAAGAACCAACCCCCACACUGCAAAUACUGCAAGAACCAGUCCACACACUGCAUAUACUGCAAGAACCAGACCACACACUGCAUAUACUGCAAACACCAGUCCUCACACUGCAAGAACCAACCCCCACACUGCAAACACUGCAAGAACCAACCCCCACACUGCAUAUACUGCAAGAACCAACCCCCACACUGCAUAUACUGCAAGGACCAGACCCCACACUCCAACUACUGCAAGGACCAGACCCCACACUGCAUAUACUGCAAGAACCAACCCACACACUGCAUAUACUGCAUGAUCCAACCCCUACACUGCAUAUACUGCAUGAUCCAACCCAUAUACUGCAAACACCAGUCCACACACUGCAAAUACUGCAAACACCAGUCCCCACACUGCAUGAUCCAACCCCCACACUGCAAACACCAGUCCACACACUGCAAAUACUGCAAACACCAGUCCCCACACUGCAUGAUCCAACCCCCACACUGCAUAUACUCCAAGAACCAACCACACACUGCAUAUACUGCAAGAACAAAACCCCACACUGGUUUAUGCCUCAAGUAAGAACCAAAACCCCAUCACUGCAUAUACCGCAAGGACCAGACCCCACACUGCAUAUAACACUGCAAACACCAGUCCACACACUGCAAGUACUGCAAACACCAGUCCACACACUGCAAGAACUAACCCUCACAUUGCAUAUACUGCAAGAACCAACCCUCACACUGCAUAUACUGCAAGAACUAACCCCACACUGCAUAUACUGCAAAGAACUAACCCCCUACACUGCAGUAUAUACUGCAAGAAAUCCAGUCCACACACUGCAAAUACUGCAAACACCAGCCCCACACACUGCAAGAACCGAACCUCAUACUGCAUAUACUGCAAGAACUAACCUCACACUGUAUAUACUGUAAGAACCAACCCCCACACUGCAUAUACUGCAAGAACCAGCCCACACACUGCAUAUACUGCAAACACCAGUCCACACACUGCAUAUACUGCAAACACCAGUCCACACACUGCAAAUACUGCAAACACCAGUCCACACACUGCAAGGACCAACCCCCACACUGCAUAUACUGCAAACACCAGACCCCACACUGCAUAUACUGCAGACACCAGACCCCACACUGCAUAUACUGCAAACACCAGACCCCACACUGCUUAUACUGCAAACACCAGUCCACACACUGCAAAUGCUGCAAACACCAGUCCACACACUGCAAGAACCAACCCUCACACUGCAUAUACUGCAAGAACCAACCCCCACACUGCAAAUACUGCAAGAACCAGUCCACACACUGCAUAUACUGCAAGAACCAGACCACACACUGCAUAUACUGCAAACACCAGUCCUCACACUGCAAGAACCAACCCCCACACUGCAAACACUGCAAGAACCAACCCCCACACUGCAUAUACUGCAAGAACCAACCCCCACACUGCAUAUACUGCAAGGACCAGACCCCACACUCCAACUACUGCAAGGACCAGACCCCACACUGCAUAUACUGCAAGAACCAACCCACACACUGCAUAUACUGCAUGAUCCAACCCCUACACUGCAUAUACUGCAUGAUCCAACCCAUAUACUGCAAACACCAGUCCACACACUGCAAAUACUGCAAACACCAGUCCCCACACUGCAUGAUCCAACCCCCACACUGCAAACACCAGUCCACACACUGCAAAUACUGCAAACACCAGUCCCCACACUGCAUGAUCCAACCCCCACACUGCAAACACCAGUCCACACACUGCAAAUACUGCAAACACCAGUCCCCACACUGCAUGAUCCAACCCCCACACUGCAUACCCAAGAACCAAACCUACCACACUGCAUAUAUAUACUGUAAGAACAAAACCCCACACUGCAUAUACCAAGAAGAACUAAACCCCACGCUGCAUAUACUGCAAGAACCAACCCCCACACUGCAUAUACUGCAAGAACCAGUCCACACACUGCAUAUACUGCAAACACCAGUCCACACACUGCAAAUACUGCAAACACCAGUCCACACACUGCAAGAACCAACCCCCACACUGCAUAUACUGCAAGAACCAACCCCCACACUGCAUAUACUGCAAGAACCAACCCCCACACUGCAUAUACUGCAAGAACCAGUCCACACACUGCAUAUACUGCAAACACCAGUCCACACACUGCAAAUACUGCAAACACCAGUCCACACACUGCAAGGACCAACCCCCACACUGCAUAUACUGCAAACACCAGACCCCACACUGCAUAUACUGCAAACACCAGACCCCACACUGCAUAUACUGCAAACACCAGACCCCACACUGCUUAUACUGCAAACACCAGUCCACACACUGCAAAUGCUGCAAAAACCAGUCCACACACUGCAAGAACCACCCCUCACACUGCAAAUACUGCAAGAACCAACCCCCACACUGCAAAUACUGCAAGAACCAGUCCACACACUGCAUAUACUGCAAGAACCAGUCCACACACUGCAUAUACUGCAAACACCAGACCACACACUGCAAGAACCAACCCCCACACUGCAAACACUGCAAGAACCAACCCCCACACUGCAUAUACUGCAAGAACCAACCCCCACACUGCAUAUACUGCAAGGACCAGACCCCACACUCCAACUACUGCAAGGACCAGACCCCACACUGCAUAUACUGCAAGAACCAACCCACACACUGCAUAUACUGCAUGAUCCAACCCCUACACAUAUACAUGCAUAUACUGCAAACACCAGUCCACACACUGCAAAUACUGCAAACACCAGUCCCCACACUGCAUGAUCCAACCCCACACUGCAUAUACUGCAAACACCAGUCCACACACUGCAAAUACUGCAAACACCAGUCCCCACACUGCAUGAUCCAACCCCCACACUGCAAACACCAGUCCACACACUGCAAAUACUGCAAACACCAGUCCCCACACUGCAUGAUCCAACCCCCACACUGCAUAUACUCCAAGAACCAACCCCCACACUGCAUAUACUGCAAGAACAAAACCCCACACUGCAUAUACCGCAAGAACCAAACCCCACGCUGCAUAUACCGCAAGGACCAGACCCCACGCUGCAUAUACUGCAAGGACCAGUCCACACACUGCAUAUACUGCAAGGACCAGUCCACACACUGCAUAUACUGCAAGGACCAGUCCACACACUGCAAGGACCAGACCCCACACUGCAAAUACUGCAAGAACCAACCCCCUCACUGCAAGAACCAGUCCCCACACUGCAUAUUCUGCAAACACCAGUCCCCACACUGCAUGUACUGCAAGGACCAGACCCCACGCUGCAUAUACUGCAAGGACCAGUCCACACACUGCAUAUACUGCAAGGACCAGAGCCCACACUGCAUAUACUGCAAGAACCAAACCCCAUACUGCAAGGACCAAACCCCACACUGCCUGUACUGCAAGAACCAAACCCCACACUGCCUGUACUGCAAGAACCAACUCCCACACUGCAUGUACUGCAAGAACCAGAAUCCGCACUGCCUGCGCGGCAACCGCCAGUCCGCGCUCUGCUUGCGCGGCAACCGCCAGUCCGGGCUCUGCCUGUGCGGCAACCACCAGUCCGCGCACUGCAACCGCCAGUCCGCGCACUGCAUAUAGUGCAAGGACCAGACCCCACACUGUAAAUACUGCAAGGACCAGACCUUAUAGGACUAGCCCCUAUACCAUAAUACACCCCUUACCAUCCACUUGAGCCCCUAACCUACCCUACUAAAGCACCUAACCCAUCCUUAUAAAGCCCCUUACUACAACCCUACAGUUUUACUAAAGCCCAUUACUCCCUACUACAGCCCCUAACCUCCCCUACUAAAGCCUCUUACUCCUUAAUACACCCCUAACCCCCCACUACAGUCCCUAACACACCCACUAAAGCCCCUUACUCCUUCCUAAACCCCUACUAAAGCUCCUUACUACAGGCCCUAAUCUCUUCUACUAAAGCUCCUUACUACAGGCCCUAAUCUCCUCUACUAAAGCUCCUGUCCUGUUUUUGCCCUACGCUUCUCCCAUUUAUGCAGACCCCAAGGGCAAGUCACCCACUAACGCAAUGUAAGCAUGUCAUAAAUUGUGCUUUGAUAAACAAACGAAUUGCUUUGCAUUAUGGGAUUUCUGUUCCAUUUCUUGUUUUUCUUAUUUUUGGUUACCAGCUGUUGUAAAUGCUCUGGAGGGAAAGGACAGCAGAGAUUCUUUAAAGGUCAUUUUAGAAAAUACCUCCUUAACUGAAGAGCAAUUGACUUUUAUCAUUUCUGGAUCGUACACUCUAAUAAAGGUGGCACUCAGAUUUCCAGUAUCAACACUUAAGCAGGAGGUGAGUAGGUCAGAGCCUCUGGCUCUCUGUUGACACUAUUAACACCAUCAGGAUUUUUCAUUAAACUGUGAAUUUAAAAUUUUACAUCAAAAUAGCCGAACUGGGGAAAAAACCCUGUAAGUCAGCUGUGCUUUCAAUUUCACUACUCUGGUCUUACAUUUAAAAUUGACGUUGAAUUCACAAAUGACUAAAUAACCCUUUAAAGAGAUACUGUAGUGCCAGGAAUACAAAUCUGUAUUCCUGGCACUAUUGCUCCCCUCAGUCGCACCCCCCACACAUAAUAUCAUCAGGCAAUUUGCCCUGGACACAGCAGCACUGCAAAGGUUGUUGAGUAUUGUUCUUACCGCUUUUGCCUCUUUCACUACAAUGUAUUUACCGGGAUUAGGGAGUAAGUAUCUGUCAUUUUUUAAAGUCUUGUUCAGUCAAUCAGGUAGGUCGUCUCCAUAUUGGCAGUAAUUAUCUAGCCCCCACCUAGUUGUAAGAUGGUGAUAUAAGGCUGUGUGUCCUCAUUAUGUUGUUGGACUACAUCUUUGUCUCCCGGAGAAACAUGUAAAACAUUGCAGCUUUUAAGAAACUGCAAUGUAGGAUUAAAUCAUCCUUUAAGUGGCUGUCAUAGUGGAAGCCAUUGUAAAAUAUGGUCAAGUGAUGCUGAUGCAUUACAUUGAAAGCUUUCCUUUGGAUAAACUUGGAUGUGCUAGUCCCACAUGCUAAUUAGAUUCCCAAUGCACCUCUGUGAGGCGCUUUGGAUUGGACAUCUAUGGAGGAGGCCACAGAGACAUACUGAGCAUGCACAAUAAACCGUGCCCUGCCAAUUGGAUGCUUCUCGUAGAGGAACAUUGAAUCAAUUGUUUCUCUGUGAGAAGCAUGCACAGUGUUCAGCUGCAUCGUGCUGUGCGAUGUUGCCUAAUGUGAAGAGCUUUAAUAAUUGAGUUGUCCGUAAAGAAGUGCCCCUAGCUGUUUGUCAGUCUGUUGACAAAAUUGAAUAAAAGUGAGUUAAGGCUGAUAGGAACUUUCUUCGCAAGUUCAUGUAGAAAGGUUAUUGAUUACAAUGAAACAAGGCAGAAUUGUAAUUUUUUUUUAAAAAAUGUUUUUUAGGUUUUCAAAGAAGAUUUGAAAGAACUCAGGUAUAUGAAAUCUGAUACUAUUCUUUUUUUUUUUUAAUGUUUUUUUAAUAUAUGAGCAUUGACGUCUAAUGAAAAUUCAACCUUGCCCGAAUAUAUGUACAUGCUGUCUCUUGUUUUUAACAAUUUAUAAUAGAUUACAAAAAAGGAACAUCAACAUAGCAAGGAAUUGUGUGCAUCAGUUGUAGUACAUACAGUCUGAGAGGAUUUAAAAGUGUAACCAACUAACAAUAAAAUGUUUGACACAUAUCACUACUAUAAACUGGUCACGUGGCACUAGCUUGAUAAUCCUAAACCCAAGAAAAAUUUGAAUAUCUGGAAGAAUAAAUAGUUCCUUAUACAGAAUACAUGUGCACAGGGCUGCCACCAGAAAUUUUGGGGCCCCUGACAAAGCACAAGGUCUGGGCCCCCCAUGGCCCGCCCACGAGUCCUCCCACAGGACUCCUACCUAGUCCGCUGACAAUGAUGCAGGACUGGAUGUGGUGUGUAUAGUGGAAGUGAAUUAGAAUGUGUGUGUUAGAUACUGUUUGUGCAGUGAAUGCAGAGUGUGUUUGUGUAGCGAUUUUGGUGUGUAUAGUGAACACAGUGUGUUUGAGUAGUGGAUGUAGUGUGUGUACAGUGAUGUAGUGUUUGUGUGCGUGUGUGUGUGUGUAUUAGAUGCAGUGUCUGUAGUGGAUGUAGUGUGUGUAUUAGACGCAGUGUCUCUGUAUAGUGAAUGCAGAGUGUUUGAAUGUGUGGUGGAUGUAGUGUGUUUACUGUGAAUACAGGAUGUUUGUGUAGUGGAUGCUGUGUGUAUAGUUAAUGCAGAGUGUGUGUCAGUGUAGUGAAUGCAUGUUGUGUAAAUGGAGCCCCCCCCAUUAAAUGUAAUAAAUGUUUCUCCCCCCUCCCUGCUUCUUACCUGGUCCAGGGAGGGGGGAGAUUCCAUCCCUGGUGGUCCGGUGGCAUUGUUUGGCCCCCCGGCUCCCUGUUUUUGCAGGAAGGGCCCAGCAGACUGCAGCAGGACAUUACAGCUCUUCCCUCUCUCCAAUUCCUGCGAGCAUGGUCUAUGUGCAGCGCGUUGCCAUGGUUACCCGUGGCAACGCUCUGACGGCCGUGGGUCUCGCGGGAGUUAGAGAGAGGGAAGAGCUUUAAAGUACUGCUGCAGUCUGCUGGGCCCCUCUCAAGUAUAGGGAGCCGGGGGACCGCAGAUAGAUAGAUAGAUAUAUAGAUACAUAUACACACACAUGCAUGAAUGUGGGGCCCAGGACUGCCAAAGCAGUCUAGGACAGCCGGGCCUGUGACAACCAUCAUGGUUGUCACCCCCUGAUGGAGGCCCUGCAUGGUUAGUGAAUUUUGUUUAGUGAGUGAAAUUGUGGGGUUUUUUUUUUGUGUUUUUUUUGCGAUGUAAUGAUCUGUUUGUUUUUUUUACUUUGAAUAAAACAUCACCUAAGACUUAUCUGUUUGCAUUUUUGUUUUUACUGUUUUGUCUUUUUAUUCAUUUAAUGAUCUGUUUUCUUAAUUGCCAACUGUAUAUUAAACGGUUACCGCAAGAACAGUGGCAAUUUCAGAGUGAAGCAGUGAGUGCCCUUUUAAGGUAUCUAUUAUCGAUGUCCCAAAUAUUGAAAGAUGGUGAAGAAGUGAGAUUUCUCUGUAUCUUCAUGGCAGCAGAGAGGAGACUCUUUGGUCGCCAGAAGAGCCCAUUGUUUUUGAUUAGCUUUUUCUUUCUGUAACCCUAAAUCACUGAAAAAGCAUCUCAAAAACCUGGGGAAACUGCACCCAGAGACUCCUUACAUUGCUGCCUAUCUAGUAAGCAGUUGUGAUUAUGGUGCGUAGAUAACCAUAUUAGAUUUGUGGCAAAAUUCUUCUCUGCUUUACAUCCCUAAUGGUAAAGUUACUUGGAAUAUAAUUUCUACUUCCUUACAUACUAUUAGAACUGCUUACAUCCAAUUAUGUUUUGCAGCUGGGAAAAAAUCUGUUUACAUUCAUUUUGGCGUGCAGUCAACUUCACUAUUUGCUUUUAAGUCUUGGGACUAUGAUGUUUAUUAACUGCAAUUAUCUCCUUCACUGUAAUGUUUCCCAAAGUGCGGGCUCCAGCCUGUUCUGUUAUUGUAGUGCACACACCAAGGAUAAGAAAUGACUGUUAUUAUUAAUAAAUUACACUGCUCAUGAUCAUUAAAUGAAAAUCCAUUAACAGUUUAUUGUUUUCUCUUUUAUAGGAUCCCAGAGGAUUUUAUAGGGGAUUUUGCCAACAUAGUGUAUGGAAACAGGUGUGUAAUUUUCUGAAGCUUUAUGAAUCCCAGUUAAAGGAUUGCUCCAGGCGCCAUGAUCACUUCAGUGAUUUGAAGUGGCCAUGGUGUCUGUAGUCCUGUAUGUGCAGUGUUUCGGUUGCCCAUGCCAAGUUUAACCCCUCUGCUGCCGAAGGUGUGACUGCACCUCCAGCAACACCAUUUAAAUGUCAUCGGCCAGACCGGAAAUAGAGUUUCAUUCAUUGGCUUUGAGCGGUCAAUGAGUGUAAGGAUCAGCACAAGCCAGAUGUUGCGACAGGGACACCUAGCCGGACCAGGUAAUAGGGCAAACUGUGUUGCAUGCUUUUUCUCUCUCUCACUAUACAAUAAGUUGAGGGGGGUUUAGAUACUGGUAUAUUUUAGACUUUCUUGUAUGUUUCAUUCCCAACAUUUUAUUCACAUGUACAAACCUAAAAUGUGCUUAGUAUAGUUGGCUAGUGCUAUAUUGUCUGUUAGUCUACCAUUCUGUUGCAUCACUCUGGUACCAUCACUGCUUCAUGCAUGAAUUAGGAGCUAUAGUGAAUUGAGCUGAAGUGACCUAAAUCUUGCAAUUCUUUUAUGACGGCAAACUUGCUAGCAUUCUUCAACUUGUUUAUUUUGCCUUCAGUCUACAUACUCUUCCUGUUAAUCACACUUGCAAGUGUUGUAGAUAAACUUUCUAUACAUGUUGUGCUGAGCAUACCACCCGCUCCAUUUCACAUGGUGACACUUAGAUGUUUGUGGCAUGUUCCCAUUUGUACACAGAAAUAAGUAGUGCGCUCAAACUUCCACUACUCCUGGGCGGCAGCAACGACCAAAGCAUCCAUCAGCCCCAGUACAUAAAAUAAAGUGACCUGCGCACUAGCCCAAAUCCCUAUGCAUAUUUCAAUAAAUGGAGGUUAUUUAGUACCACCAAUGGCCAUUAGAUGUAAGCAACCUCCAUUUAUUUAAAUAUCCAUAGGGAUUUGGGUUAGUGUGCAUGUUCCCAUUUGUGCUUUUGCUAAAUCAGCAGUAUAAGUACAUUACGUUGCUGCUUAGGUAGUCUGUGUCAGCUGAUGCUCUCAGCCAAUUAAUUACACUUCUGCAUUAGCAACAACAAUUUCAUACGUAUUUUAGAGUCUGUCAUUGGCUGAAAAUGUCAAAUCCUUCUAGUAAAUGAAUGGCUUUAAAAUGUUGAUGAGAUUGCUGAUUGUUUGAGCAAGGAAGGACAGCAGUCAGGGAAGAUGGUUGUUUUUUUAUCUUUUUUUUUUUUUUUUUCAUAUUAGUUUAGUUGGCAAGGAUUUGAAUCGAUGAAAUGCCUCUGAUAAAUAUUCAAUUCUGUUUCACUGUGUAGGCGUCCAGUCCUUGAAAAUGUGGCUUUGGAGCAGGGAAUUAGGUUGCCAACGAUUAACGAUUUCAGAUGGAGAGUUGAUGUUGCUAUAUCUACCAGGUAAUGACGGGGAUGUAAAUAUUAUGAUCAAGUCAACAAUGAAAUGAAAACGUAAUCACGGUUUAUCCAUCACAUAAACUAUAAAUCCUUUAAUUUGAGUUUUGUAUAAUUAAAGUCCGCUGGGAAAACACAUUAGUUACAGCACCUUACACCUAAAAAUAACACUAAGUACAGAAUAAAUGUUUUCCCAUCAAGAAAGAAUGGGGAUUACUCUGCAUUCUUACUUGAAUAUAUAAUACAGAGUAAUUUCCAUUCUUACUCCUAUAUUAUAUAUAUGUAAUGCUAGAGGACGAGGGCUACGUUCACCUGAACUUGCAUGCAUUAAAAGGUGCUGCUGGGGCCAAUCCAUACAAGAUCCAAUGCACUCUCAUUCACUAAAUGGCACCAUGGGACUCCAGACACCAAUGCCGUUUCAGUGACAUGAAAUGGUUAUAAUGCAUAAACCAAGGGUAGGAAACUUUUUAACAGCACUGUGCCAAUACAAGACUUUGAGGUCCCUGAGUGUGCUGGAUUUAACUUUUUCUUUUUUAUUUACGUUGCUGCUGUGUGCUGCGGCUGCUCUGUAGGCUUGUAUGAGGGCUAUGUUCUAAUAUGUAAUGGGUGUGAAAAUGAACAGUUUGUGAUAUUUGUGAAACCGCUCCACUGCACACUGUUACAUAUUGCCAAACAUAAACACAAUCGCACUGCUAGACACACUCUAAUACUACACGCACACAUUAACAAUACAGUUACUUUUUGCUUACCAUUUAGCAGAAGGAGGGCCAGAUACAGGGCAAGUGCAGGUGUUUCAGGCUGCUCUCCUUCAAAAGCGUUAGGAGGAAGUAAUCUGAGAUUCCCCGUUCUGCCAAUAGACAGUAGCAUAACCUGAAGAGAUCCUACUGGAACCUUUAUCAGACCAGCUCCAGAAUGUUUUCGUCUAGCAGCCUUGUGUGAGGUGCAAAGGUUGUUGACCCCAGGCUUGGGUUAUCCAUCUUAAAUUAUACAGGAAAGGGACAGAUCGUUUUUUGGUAUUGCAGACAAGAAGCAAAUGGUGUUUUUUUAUUUUUGUUUUUUUUUUAUUUAACUGCUACUGGAUGUCUAAAUUUGGGCUUAUUAAUAUUUGGUUAGUGCAAUGUUUCAAAAUAUAAAUUGUAAAAAAAUUUUUUUAUAAUUUAUAAAUAAAUUGUGUUUAUGUGAUUGUCAUAAGUUUUUGUCUUGUUUUGCUAAUUGUGCAGCUGCUUGUCCCGGGCCUUGCAACCUUCAGUUCUAAUGCAAAUGAAACUGUCUGAUGGGACAUCUCAUCGGUUUGAAGUAAGUCUGUUACAUAUAAUACAAGUUGCCAUGUCUGUCUGAGAGCCUAUAUAAAUGUCUUAAGGCACACUGUAGUGUUGGGAAUUAUUUUUGAAUGUUUUCAGGGUUAUACACUAAACACUGCUGUAGUCAGAAUAGGUAAAACCUGGUCCAAACAAGUGAAUUCCAACCUCGUUGGCUAUUCUCAGAUUUACUAAAGACAAAUAGGGUUAGGAUUUCUAUAACAUUGGUUCGAAAGAGUUCUGAGUGAUUUUCGCAUCCUACAGGAAUUGGAGAUUUACAGUGACUGCAAGGCAGCUGAUGAUAAACCGGAUUCAUCCGGCAGAAUGCCUGUUUGUAAAUUGUCAUUCUCCUGCUUUUUGCAAGUGAAUUGAUGAUUUGAAGAACUAUUUGCCUGCCGACAGCACUAGUAGCCAACAGAGAAAUGAAUAAAAACCCUUGUCAGCACAAGGGUUAAUUAUGUGGCGGCUGGCCAAUGCUUACAGCCAGCAACCGCUUUAAAAAAGUAAAAUAGACGUGGGGUAUCAAUAAGGCCUCCAUAUUACUAUAAUCUAUCUACUAAACCAAGAGUGUUCUGAUUGGCUGGCUAGUAAACCAACCAAUCAGUUUUAUGACAGCCAAGUCUCACUUCUCUCUUACUUGACUUUCUAGCCAACCAAUCAUAGCGCUCUUGGUCAUAUUGCAAAUAGUGAGAAGCGAUAGCCAUCAUAGCGUGGGAAGCCUUUAAAAGAGCUUUCCCUACACGGAGUGCUCAUUCCACUGGCACAUUUUUGGUAUUUUUAAAAUCCACAUCAGGUGUUGAAUUCUGUGAGACUGGAUUUGCCACAUUCGGCCCAGAGUUAGUUUGGCCUGGGUUAAAUCUGGACCAAAGUCAUGCCUGUUUGGGGCUUGAGUUACAAAAUCCAGACGUUGAUGAAUUCCAUCAACAUCAUCCGGAUUUUGCAGUCUGAAUUGCCCUGUAUGUAGCCAGAUAGUGUUGGCCCAUUCGAUCUUUAGUGAACAAGCCUGUUUAUUUUUUGCUUAGAAAAACAUGUGGUUUUACAAUAUAUCAUACGGCUUCUUAUUUUUUUCCAGGUUUCAGUUUCCAAGUUCCAAGAACUUAGGUAUAAUGUUGCCCUGAUACUGAAAGAAAUGAAUGAUCUGGAAAAACUGAGCAUUCUCAAGAUUCAGGACUGAGCCUUGUGCAAAUUCUUCUGAAGAAAUACAGUGAAAUCUGAGAAAAGAGUGUGUGUAACGAUUUCCUCGUAUGAGCAUAUUACUUACAUAGUGAUCCAAGUAGAAGGUUGAAUACUAUGAGAGGACCAUAACUGGAAACGUGUGCCAUCGAGACUCUGGCUUGCAGCACCAUUCUUAGGCAGUGCCUUGUAAACUGUUCACACCACUUCCUCUUUAAACUAGAAAGCUUUGCAACAAGGUGAUUUAAUUAUCCACACAUUGUAAUGACCGAAUAUACCUGAUCUAGAGAUAUUCAGUUAUAAGCACAACUAGUUAUUUUCACUUGGUUCCGGUAAUCCAUUUUUCUGUGCAUAUAUCCGUUCCAAAUGUGUCUAUAAGCAGGCUGCCCAUGUUCUUAACUCGGCACAUCCCUCUUCCUUGCUUAAAAAAAAUAUUUUUCAAUUAUUUUAUAGACCCUUGAACUCAUUUUCCCUGCCACUACUGACAUCCGCGCAAGCCUUUUGCUGUUCAGCUUAGACAUGCUGUUUUAUUCACUAAAUAGUGUAUUGUUGUUGUAGGACAAAAUCUUGGCACUGGAAACAUCUCAUAACCUAUUUUUGCCAAAAUAUUGCAGUUCAUUUUUUGACACUGCACCUCACUGUUUAUUGGAUAAUACUCAAGCUUCAGUUCAUCUCGUAUCAAGACUCUACCUAUGGAAAUGUAAACAUGCAAAAUCAAAUGACGCCUUUUGCAGUACUUAAUUCGCAUGGGGAAAAAAACGAACAGUAAGAAUCCCUCCAGCGAAUGAAAGGAUAUGGGAUGGCACAUCCUCCCUGCACUGUCCUAUUUACUUAUGACAUGGUGUGGAAAUUGUCAGAUAUGUUUGAUUUGUCAGACUGGUCUUUUAGGCCUGAAAACUCUGGUUAUGACUUUCACUUUAUUUCUAUAAGUUCUAUUACGUUUGUACAUAUUUUUGUUGCAUUAGAAAUUUUUUUUUGCAAAGUCAUUUUUCACAAAGUCAUUGUGACACACUGUUUGCGUUUCAAUGCACAGCUAUAGUUAAACAAUGAUAUGGAUCUACUAUUGCUUAACAUUAAUAAACUGGGCAUGAUAUCUGUAUACAUUUUAUAUUCUGUCUGUAUAGUUUUUCUGAUUGAUUCUGUCGUUUCAAUAGUGCUCUAUUUCAUUAGGAAUGUACUCCGUAUUUAACACCUGGUUUACCUAUUGAUCUUUAAUGUAUACUUGUAUAUUCCCCAGACAUAUUUGAAGACUCAUUUGUUCUAUAUAUUUAAAAGCUUCAUUCCAUUCUAAAGCCGCAGAAGUGAUUUAUAGCACCAAAUUAAUUUUUUGCAUUGAAAUCUAUGGUACCAAUAUUAAAACUUGUUAUAAGGCUUAAUCACUUGCCACAGAAAGGUUUACUGGUAGAUGGGGUUGGUGCAAAGAAUGACAAAACUUGUUCAAUGCAAAAAUGUACAUCUCGUGGACGAGUGAAUUUAACCCCUUAAGGACACAACUUCAGAAAUAAAAGGGAAUCAUGACGGAAUGUUUCCGUCAUGUGUCUUUAAGGGG